AUGGCAUUCCUAGCAAAGUGGGCAUCAAGCCUAUGGAAGAGCAUCCCAAAGAGCACCAACGAUUUACGAUGGAUUGUUCAGAUUAAUCCAGACCUGGCUCCUCACGUCGUCCGAGCUACAGAGUAUCGAGCAGUAGCACCUGGCUCAGACAAACCCUUCACACCCACACUAAUCCCCGGCGUAAACGACAAGAUUAACAAUGCCAGAUACUUUCUCAAGGACUCUCGUCGUGCCUAUCCACAAACAGUCGUAUUCAGCGCUGUUGAAAUCCAAAAGGCGCUGUCUUCUGGGACUGUUCUCAGCAUAACGGCAGGUGCUACAGAUGCAGCACCAGCAGCAGCACCAACAAGCAUCAUUACAGAAAACAAGUUACCGCCCAUUAUCAACAACAAAUAUACCUGGAAGAAUGCUACGCCGUAUCUGAAGCCGGAUUCGAUGAAUUUGGAGUUUAGUAUUCAGGGAAGAACAUAA